UUGAAUCACCAGCAGUUCCUUCACUCAUUCAUAAAAUCAUUUGGUGCGUCAUUCCACGAGUGCAAAGGAUACACUUUAUGUACCCGGACACUAGCCAGUGUAAACAUUUAAACAAUAGUGAUUGUUUGCGUGGCGUAAUCGCUGGAUCGUUCAACUAAAUCAGCGGACAAAUCUCGCCUCGGGAAAAUCAAUUAUUCGAAUGAAGUAAAACACAGUUUAUUUUUGCCAUCCCUUUUAUAUUUAAAAAAAAUCUUAAAUCCGUUGAUCAAUCGUCACUCGAUGCAAUUUAAUUAUUCACCAAUAAACAAUGAGUCAUUUUUUUAUAUUAAUAAAACUCCUUUAAUGGAGUGAAGUAAUUAGUUUUUUAAAAUAAGAUUCAUCUAAUAAAUUCGUGUAGUAAACAAGUUAAUUAAUUUGUAACAACAAUUCUCUAGAAACACAUUAAUCAUUUAAUCAAAGAUUUUUAUUUGAUCCCAAUGAAUAAUUGUUCUGGAUGUAGGAGAGUGAAAAAAUUAGAUCCACAAAUAGAUUUUUUAUUUAGUUCGAGCGAUAUUUGAUGAACUUUGAGAUUAAUAGGAGACUGACGAUUUUUUUUUUGAUUGAUUACCUGUUCAAAGUGAUGAUGAUGUGUGGAGAGGAUGCAGAUGGAUAAAGUUCAGUGGUUUUGAUAGUCGGGGUACGGGUAUGGAAGUGCCGAGGUUUCCGUCACCCCCGUCGCCGCUUGAUACCACCUCGACCCCCAGAGGCGCCCACGAUAUCACAAGUAAAAUACGUCAUGUAUCACCUGUUAAAUUCAGUCGUACCUGUAACAGUGGCACAAGCAACAUUAAUACCCAGAAGAAACGCGCGCACCGGAUCACACGUCUUGGCAACACGGUGCAUCCACGAGUCAUUGGUAGAGAAUCUACGAGAUACAAUCGUAGUCGUGUUACUCAUCUCACAGUGACAAUGACAGAGAGACGUGAAGAUGAUGAAGAUGAUGCUGAUGUUGUCUGUGCUACAGGUAUUCCGAUGUCCUUCGACUCGAGGACGUUAUCGGGGGAGUUGUCGGUGCAGCUUGAGGUCGAGGGCAAUCAGAAGACACUCAGAGUGAUUAAAUCAACUGGAGUGCAGACCCACCUUGGGGAGGGGCCCUAUCGAUUGAAAGUUUUCCCAGCACUUAAGGACAUCGUCGAGGAAGACCCCAGUGGCAAUCCGAAGACCUCCUCCAGGCUCUGGAGGCAUCUGAGAUUCUUGGGAAGACUCUCCCUUUGUCAAUUUGGCUUGGCAUGGCUGUUGACCUUCUGGGCAGUGGCUGGUGCAGCAUCUUUCUACGCAACAGAGGGUCCACGAGAAAGGGAACAAGUUUACGAGCUCAAAGAUAUGCAAAGAGAUCUAGCAGUCGGUCUAGCCACAGAGUUACGACAACUGCGUGCCGAAGAGGAGGAGAUGGAGCCUCUCUGGGGUAAUAAAGUCAAACAAUACGUGGCUAAACAUGAGAAACUCCUUUUGGCUGCCAUCAGCUCUGGAUAUGGUGAAGGUGGUGAAGGGGGACAGCUCUGGACAUUCCCAGGAUGCGUCCUCUUUUCUAUUUCACUUCUCACUACUCUGGGUUUUGGAGCCCCAGUGCCACGCACAACCCCUGGCAGAACUGUUGCUGUUGUCUUCGCAGCUAUUGGAAUACCUGCGCAUUUUCUACUUAUUCUCAAUGUUGGGUUGUUUCUGGCAAUGAAACUGCAAAAAUUCGCUAUUCGAAGGAAAUAUGGAAAUCAUGAGACUGAGGCCUCUGACAAUUUGAAGGCACCGGGGUGGGUUAAGGCUGUUCCCUUCUGUUGUAUUGGUGGUUACUACAUUCUGGGAAUAAUUGGCUUCGGAGUGUCACGUCUUCGUCCAGUCGCAGCUAGUCUCCUUUUUCCCCUGGACUUUACAGCAGCCGGUGGUCUGGCAAAUACAUCCGGUCUAGUGCGAAUUUUUUACGGUCUCUAUCUCGAAGGUGCUGUAACAAUAGCAGCUGUUGCAGUUGCUGUAUUACGGGUGUCAGCCUCGGAGAGUCUCACCAACAUUGGGUUGAAGUACGGCCUACUGACCGAGGCGUAGUUCAUGGCUUAAUAAAGCCGAUCGAAUCUGAUUAAAUACCCAGUGACCCUGGGGAACGUCCGACCGUGGAGAUUCACGUGAUUGGGGCAUUUUACUCGCCUUCAAUCGAUUUAUCGUGACAAUUCAAUGAUGAAUGUGUUUUCAAUACCGCUGGAUCAAGACGAGGGGACUUGCGGCUGUGAUGAACACAGUUGGAACACCUUGGGUGUCGAAAAUACCCUCUUUACUCCGUAAUUGUAUGGAAAAUUUAAAAAAAAAUCUCCAAUCGUCAGACAUUGUCUUCACAAGCAUGAUCUCGAUAACCGGUGCAUCCACACCAAAAUAUCGGGAUGUAUCCUAGAAUGCAAUUAUCAAAAUCGAUUUCGCUUGAAAAAUCGGUUUAACGGUGUAGGAAAAUUGUAUUUGUAAUAAAUAAUUUUCUCAUUUUUGAA